UCGACGUUGUCCCGUGAAGGAGACGAUUCCUACCAACCCCGGCCGCAACAGGAGGAAGCUGUCGCCGCUUUCCAAAUAACGGAUUUCCUUCCCCGAGGCUCUGGAAUUGUCACUCGACGACCUCUCAUCCUGCAGCUCAUCUUCUCCAAGACAGAAUAUGCUGAGUUUUUGCACUGCAAAUCCAAAAAGUUCACAGAUUUUGAUGAGGUGCGGCAGGAGAUCGAAGCGGAAACCGACAGGGUGACGGGAACGAACAAAGGCAUCUCUCCCAUCCCCAUCAACCUCCGCGUCUAUUCGCCGCACGUGUUGAACCUGACUCUGAUCGACCUGCCGGGUAUCACCAAAGUGCCGGUGGGGGACCAACCGCAGGACAUCGAGUACCAGAUCAAAGACAUGAUCCUGCAGUUCAUCAGCAGGGAGAGCAGCUUGAUCCUCGCUGUCACGCCGGCCAACAUGGAUCUGGCCAACUCGGACGCGCUCAAGAUGGCAAAAGAAGUUGAUCCUCAAGGCCUGCGGACGAUCGGAGUCAUCACCAAGCUGGAUCUGAUGGAUGAAGGCACCGAUGCCAGAGAUGUGCUGGAGAACAAGCUGCUUCCUUUACGAAGAGGCUACAUCGGCGUGGUUAACCGAAGCCAGAAGGACAUCGACGGUAAGAAGGACAUCAGGGCAGCGCUGGCAGCCGAGCGCAAGUUCUUCCUUUCUCACCCGGCUUACCGGCACAUGGCCGACCGGAUGGGCACCCCGCAUUUGCAGAAAGUCCUUAACCAGCAACUGACCAACCACAUUCGGGAAACGUUGCCUUCGCUGCGGAGCAAACUUCAGAGUCAGCUCCUCUCCCUGGAGAAGGAGGUUGAGGAGUACAAGAACUUCCGCCCCGAUGACCCCACGCGAAAAACCAAAGCUUUAUUACAAAUGGUCCAGCAGUUCGGUGUGGACUUUGAGAAGCGAAUCGAAGGUUCGGGAGAUCAGGUGGACACACUGGAACUCUCCGGGGGUGCCAGAAUCAAUCGCAUUUUCCACGAGAGAUUUCCUUUUGAGCUAGUGAAGAUGGAGUUUGACGAGAAGGACUUGAGGCGAGAAAUAAGCUAUGCAAUUAAAAACAUCCACGGUGUGAGGACGGGGCUCUUCACGCCCGACAUGGCCUUUGAAGCCAUAGUGAAAAAACAGAUUGUAAAGCUUAAAGAGCCCAGUUUGAAGUGUGUUGAUCUGGUGGUCUCAGAGCUGGCCACGGUCAUUAAAAAGUGUGCCGAAAAGCUCGGUUCCUACCCCAGGUUACGAGAGGAGACAGAGAGGAUCGUUACCACUCACAUCAGGGAGCGGGAAGGCAAAACGAAGGACCAGAUUCUCCUGCUGAUUGAUAUCAGCUCUCUUGAUAGCGAGCUCUCUUACAUCAACACUAACCAUGAAGACUUCAUUGGAUUUGCCAACGCACAGCAAAGGAACACCCAGACGAACAAGAAAAGAGCCAUCCCAAAUCAGGGUGAGAUACUGGUGAUCCGGAGGGGUUGGCUGACCAUCAACAACAUCAGCAUCAUGAAGGGAGGCUCCAAGGAAUACUGGUUCGUCCUGACGGCCGAGUCGUUGUCCUGGUACAAGGAUGAGGAG